AUCCUUUUAAAAUUUUAUCCAAAACGCUAGCGCUAAUCUCUAAUACUAUUUCCAAACAGACCCUUUAUAUAAUGGUCCGUUAAUUUAAAAGAAAAUAAUUAUUACUUUUUCCGUACUAAAAAGAAUUCCAUAAGUCUAAAGCCUUGAAGUACGAAGAUUCCAACAUGGGACAACCACCACCAAAGGCCAUGGAGCCGGAGUGCAUGGAGCUGAUAUCAGCUUUGGCGGCCGGAAACAAGGCGAAGAUGAUGGUGGAGAUAGCCUCCGGCGGCCCAACUCCGUUCACGGUGGCCCUGGCGGUGGCGGCGAAGCAGACGGGAGGCCGCGUCGUGUGCGUCCUCCCGCCCUCCGGCCGCCCCGCCAUCCACGAUAACCGCCUUAGCGGCGUCGUCGAUUUCGUCGCGGCGGGAAACCCUAGCGAGGCGAUAAUGAGGGGGGUGGAUUUCCUGGUCGUCGACAGCGCCGCCGCCCCUGAAAACGGUGGCGGCGGCGGAGGCGGGGAGGUGUGGGAGAAGGUGGAGGUGAGCCCCAAGGGGUGUGUGGUGGUGGCAACCAAUGGGGCUUACGGCGGGGUUGAGGUGGAGGUGCAAGGGUGCGAGUAGGGUGGGGUGUUUAGAGAGUCGGUUAGGGGUUGGAAUCAUCAAUUUUAUGAAUAGAGCACUAGAAGUGCUUCAAAAUUACAGUGACACUACUAGUGUCACCAAAAGUGGGUGUCACUAGAACACAUCGCUAAUAUGGUGAGCAUUGUUAUUGUUGACUAGCUGGUCUUUGG